GAAAUAGAAAGGAGUAAGAUAGAUCUGGGCUAUGGCCGCCUCUACCCUAACCCGCAGCAGAUCAGUCAUAUCUCUCGUCAUCAUCUUCGCAAUAGCCUCAACAUCGACUGCCGGCGCCGCUGAAAGGGUCCGUUUAGAGGAGGAUGACCACCGGAUCCUCAAGGCCAUGUUGGACCGCUGCGUGGAGAUAUUCCUCUACCCCUUUUCGCCGCCGCCCCACAAUGUCGUCAACGGCGACGAAGCCCGCCUAGUCCCGCGACUCACCAUGUACAGCUGCAACGCACUCAUCCAUAACCUCCGUAACAUCGCCGGCCGCUACACUCCCGAAAGCCUUCAAUUGCUCUACGAGAUUCCCUCCUUCCGUUUUCCGUGGUUGGGAACGGGUACGGGUACGGAUCUGCCGUGGGCUAUAGACUUUUCAAAACCCGGAGUCUUCGGCGGCGGUCCCUUCUUGUACGGCAAAGAUAACAGAACGGAGAUUCCUGCGGAAGAUUACCAAGCGUUGAAGGCGGUGAUGGAUUCCUGUGUGGGGCAGUGCCUGCACCAUUGGGAGGAGAAGGAUGACAAGGAAUCUCGGUAUAAUCUCAAAUUCUGCGGUGACUACUUUCGUUACUUGGUGACCUUUUACGAAGAAAACGACAGGCUGACCCCAGAGUUCGUCCAAGUCAUGAAAGACUUCGUCGAGAAGUAUUGGGCGCUGAGCCGAAAGGAACAGGUAUUACACCGUUGCUUGAUUAUGGAAAGGCAUCGUCCCCAGCACUGUUUCGAUCUUAUCCAGCUCAUCACUCCCCAAUCCACAGAAGAGAAUGUGCACACCUCUUUACUGUUGGAUUUAUUUGCCGGCCUGCAUUAAUGAUAGAUAGCUGUUAUAUCUAUCCUGCACGGAAACCAUAAAUAGGAAUAAAAUCUAGAUUCGAAUCAUUUAUUUAUAGUUAAGUAUCAUUUUGAUUCAUUUAAGAGUUAAGCUACCGAAAUACUCCCUCCGUCCCUUAUAACUUUGCCAACUUUCCUUUUUUGGUUGUCCCAAAAACUUUGCCACUUUUCCUUUUAAUUAAUCAAUUUGUGGCUCCUCUUAUUUCUCUCUCUUCUGCACAAAUUUCUACCACACAGUUUUUACUUUAUUAUUCUACGUGCCGGUCAAACAUGUCAAACCUUUAAGGGACGGAGGGAGUAUAACAUUACCAAUAGUUAAGGUACCAUUUAUGCAUUUGACCCAAAAGUCCACUUUUGAUCGAAAAAUGCUUAUUUGGAAAGUUUUCAAAGAGUUUUCGUAGAUUUUACGAAGGAGAAACGUACUCUGUUCUCGAGUUUCCGUGCAAUAUAUUUUUAUAAGCAUAGUAUAGGUUAUGUUACCUAAUUCCAUCUCUUCUUUUGGCUUCUUUUUCUCAUUUUACCCCGUUUAAUUGUUUCUGUAAUCAUUUAUGCUACUUGUUAAAAUUAUUAUAUUCAACCCCUAGAUUGUGAGUGAAUCUAGUAUGGUUUCUUUUCAUAUACUAGUACUAUGUAUAUAUGAGUGAGGUAUUAACGUAUUAUUAUUGUUUGUUUCGUUUGUUACAAAGGC